AUGUGGUUCCUAGUAGCGGUCUCGUUGUUUGCGGGGGCGCAGGCCUGUGUCCCAAGUGUGACUACGGUUAGCGGGACCCACGCACCGGUCACUGUUUGCUCUGGAGCCAUGAUAUUCGCUGAUGACUUCGAAGAAUUUGACCUUGAGAAAUGGCAGCACGAAAACACUUUGGCUGGUGGUGGUAACUGGGAGUUCCAAUACUACAAUAACAAUAGAACUAAUUCGUUCGCUCAAGACGGCAAGUUGUUUAUUCGUCCGUCCCUGACUGCCGACCAGUUUGGCGAAAACUUCUUAUACACUUCAACUCUCAAUAUAGAAGGUGGAGCACCAGCUGAUAGAUGCACCAACCCACAAUGGUAUGGCUGCGAACGUACAGGAACACCAAACAAUAUUUUAAAUCCCAUAAAAAGUGCUCGCAUCCGAACGGUUAACUCCUUUAGCUUCCGUUACGGAAGAGUGGAGGUGCGCGCCAAAAUGCCUGCAGGAGACUGGUUAUGGCCUGCUAUUUGGUUGAUGCCAGCGUAUAAUUCGUAUGGCACGUGGCCAGCGUCUGGGGAAAUUGAUCUUGUCGAAUCCCGCGGUAACCGUAACAUGAUUCAAAACGGACUACAUAUUGGAACACAAGAAGCUGGCUCUACUUUACAUUUCGGACCGUACCCCGAUUGGAAUGGUUGGGAAACAGCUCACUGGGUUAGACGUAACCAAGGGGGAUAUGAUUACGACUUUCAUCGCUACCAGCUCGAGUGGACUCCAGAUUUCAUAAAAUUCAGCAUUGACGAUGUUGAGCUAGGACGAGUAGCGCCUGGAAACAAGGGCUUUUGGGAAUACGGUGGCUUUAGCAAAAAUCCUAACGUACUUAAUCCAUGGCGAUACGGUUCGAAAAUGGCGCCGUUCGACCAAAAGUUUUAUAUAAUCAUUAACUUGGCUGUCGGUGGUACCAACGGAUUUUUCCCUGACAACGUGUUUAAUCCUACACCAAAACCCUGGUCCAACAAUUCUCCUCGUGCCGCUACUGACUUCUGGAAUGGCCGCAAUUCCUGGCUGCCAACUUGGAUGCUCAACCAAAACGAGGGACAUUCGGCCUCUUUACAAGUGGAUUAUGUGAGAGUCUGGGCCUUGUAG